UUCCGCUUCCGGGUGGCGCUUCCUUCAGGCGCUCUCGUGAAGCUGAGCGGCAGCCAUGGAGUUGUUGGGAGAGUACGUUGGGCAGGACGGGCGGCAGCAGCGGCUGAAGGUAUCCUGUGAGGCGCCGGGUGACGUCGAUCCUUUCCGGGGACUGUUGUCGGGCGUGGCCCAGAUGAGGGAGCUGGUAACCGAACUUUUCGCCCCUCUGGUACAGCAGGAAUCGCGGCACCAGCGGGCUACGGCUCCGGACCAACUCCUGGAGGGUGAUGAUGAAGAUGAUACAGAAGAUGAAAAUAACAUUGAUAACAGACCUAACUCAGAUGGACCAUCUGCAAAACGGCCAAAACCACCAUCUUAACAAUAGCCUUAUAAAAUGUUAAAGACUGUUACUACGUGAUAAUCAUCACACACUACCGUUUAAGGACAACUUGUGUUCUAAUUUGGGACAGCUUUGUCAAAGAGAAAACUGUUUCUAGCAAAAAGGUAAUGUUUAGAAAUGAAAUUUGUUUUCUUGAAUGAGAAAUAAAUUCUAGGCCAUGGAAAUAAAAUAGAAUUCUUCUUAAUGUGUAAGAUCCUCUAAGUUGGCAAUUGAAUUUUUAUCAUUUAUCAUUUUAUAAUUUUCAUUAUCAUUUUAAAAUAACUAUUGAAUUAAAUUAUGUAGUGCCUAUAUCUUUUAACUUUUCUUAUAAAGGGUACAUUUAUAGGCAGUAACAUUUGAAAGAACUGACAUGAACAAGGUGAAAUUUGGGUAUUAAAUGUAAAAAUGUCAGUUCUUCGUAAGUAGAAGGAAAAUAAGAGGUUAAUACUGAAAAGAGGGUGGCACCUGUGGCUCAAUGUGUAGGGCACCGGCCCCAUAUACCAAGGGUGGUGGGUUCAAGCCUGGCCCAGGCCACCCAAACAACAAUGACAAUUGCAACAAAAAAGUAGCCGGCCAUUCUGGUGGGUGCCUGUAGUCCCAGCUACUUGGGAGGCCGAGGCAAGAGAAUCACUUAAGCCCAAGAGUUGGAGGUUGCUGUGAGCUGUGAUGUCGUGGCACUCUACCCAGGCCAAUAAGGCUCUGUUUCAAAAAAAUUAAAACACUGUCAUAUAGUUGUCAUAAAUUGUCAUUCAGGGCAAAAAAAUUCAGACUAAAUACAAAACACUGGUGCCUGUAGCUCAGUGGGUAGGGUGCUGGCCCCAUAUACCGAGGGUGGUGGGUUCAAACCCAACCCUGGCCAAACUGCAAAAUAAAAAAAUCACUAGGCAUUGUGGCAGGCGCCUGUAGUCCCAGCUACUUGGGAGGCUGAGGCAAGAGAACUGCUUAAGCCCAAGAGUUUUGAGGUUGCUGUGAGCUGUGAUGCCAUAGCACUCUACCAAGAGCGACAUAAUAAGACCAUAUCAAAAAAAAAUCAAGCAUGGCGGCGCCUGUGGCUCAGUGAGUAGGGCGCUGGCCCCAUAUGCCGAGGCUGGCGGGUUCAAACCCAGCCCCGGCCAAACUGCAACAAAAAAAUAGUGGGGCGUUGUGGUGGGCGCCUGUAGUCCCAGCUGCUUGGGAGGCUGAGGCAAGAGAAUCACAUGAGCCCAAGAGUUAGAGGUUGCUGUGAGCCGUAUGACGUCAUGGCAGUCUACCCGAGGUGAGUACAGCGAGACUCUGUCUCUACAAAAAAAAAAAAAAAUCAAGCAUGGCCCAGGCUGCACUCACUUGUAGCUCACACCUAUAAUCCUAGCAUUCUGGAAGGCUGAGUUGGAAGAUGGGGGGAAGAGGACCUCAGGAGUUUUAGACCAGCCUGAGUGAAAACAAGACCCCAUUCUUUACUAGACUUUAAAUACAAAAUGUGGGCAGUCCCUGUGGCUCAGUGGGUAGGGUGCUGGCCCCAUAUACCGAGGGUGGCAGGUUUGAACCCACUUAUAUUUAAAGUCUGAAUAGAAAAAGAUUAGCUGGGCUUUGUGGCAGGUGCCUAUAGGUACCUAUGGUCUAAAAUUCUACUGGCACUAGAAGUAACUUCUAGAAACAGUAGUUUAAAUGAGUGUUUUUGGGUCCAAGGUAUUGAACACCAUCUGGAGUUGUAUACUAUAGCUCUAGGAGCUGUGACACUUGGUGCAUCAUAGGUGGUUUGGGAAUCAAUUAUCUUCGUGAUUAUAACUUGAGAAUUUCUCAAGGGCUCCCACCACCACUUUUAACCUUGUCUGAGAAUGUGUAUGUUUUUCUCUGCAUCAAAAAGUAAAAUUCCAAGACAACAAAACAAGUAAUCACAAGAAGUGUUGGAAAAUAGGCUCAUUUUUUUUUUUUUAGACAGUCUCAUUAUGUCGCCCUCGGUAGAGUGCUGUGGCGUCACAGCUCACAGCAAUCUCCAACUCUUGGGCUUAAGCAAUUCUCCUGCCUCAGCCUCCCAAGUAGCUGGGACUAUAGGUGCCCACCACAACACCUGGCUAUUUUUUGUUGCAGUUGUCAUUGUUUAGCUGGCCAAAGCUAGGCUCAAACCUGCCAGCCUCAGUGUAUGUGGCCAGCGCCGUAAUGGGUGCCGGGCUGAAAAUAGGCUCAUUUCAAAUCUUGGCCUUAAAGAGACUGUGUCAAUACAUGAUGAAAUAUGAAAGAACUUAACUAAAGUAGAACAUGUGACAGAUUGUGCUGUGUACUUAAUAGUAAAUGUUAACUUUUAACCUUUACUUUGUCCACAGAGUGAACUAAAUUGGUUUUGCAGUCUAGCGAGAGAAGUGUCCAGGGGCAAUAAGAAUUACUCAUUCAAUAAAAAAUUAUUGCCCUUGUUCUAGACAUGAUGCCUAUAGCAAUGAACAGAUAAAAUCUCUGCCCUCAACAGAGUUUAGAUUCUGACAAAAUAUAUAUCAUCAUGUGAUGAUAAGUGCUGUGGAGAAAAUAGAGGAUGCUUCAUUUUAAAUAGGGUGGUCAGGGCAGCCUCACUAAGGUGACAUUUGAGCAAAGGUUUGAAGGUUAAGGAAUAGGCCAGGGCUAAGCAUCCAGAUAACACACUGAGCUGGAAAAUCACGGUUUUCCAGCACAUUCAAGAAUCAUCAGUGGCUAGAGUGGAGUCAGGGCAGGAUGGAGAGUAGUAGAAAGUGAAGUAAACGAAAAUGGUGGAGCAGGGCCACAUAUUUAGGACUUUGUAUGCUAUGAUAAGGACUGUGCUUUUUCUUCUGAGAAGAUAAGCUAUGGGGAGAUUUUUGAGAGGGUAAUAUUUUUUAUUUAUUUACUUUUCUUUUUUUUUUUUUUUUGAGACAGGCUUGAGUGUUUCCUCAGGCUUGAGUGCCUUGGCCUCACCCCAGCUCAUAGCAAUCUCAAACUCAUAGGUUCAAGCAAUCCUUCUGCCUUAGCCUCUAGAGUAGCUGGGACUACAGGCAUCCACCACAAUGCCUGGCUAAUUUUUCUAUUUUCAGUAGAGACAGGGUCUCACUCUAGCCCAGGUUGGUCUCAAACUCCUAAGCUCAAGAGAUCUUCCUGCCUCUUCCUCCCAGAGUGCUAGGAUUACAGGCAUGAUCCACUACACCCAGCAGGAAUAUUUUCAAAGGAUCCUUCUGGCCACUGGGUUGAUAACAGACUUGUAGGGGACUCAGAAGCAGAUUUUGGUAGAUGGAGAGAUCAGCAGCUUGGUUUAGGGUAAGUUAAAUUUCAGAUGCCUGGUUAAGACAUCUUAGUAAACAUAUCAAGUAGACAGUUGGGUAUACAACUGGAGCUCACGAGAGAGAUCAACAUGUCAUAAAUUUAGGUAUUUGAAGCCAUGAGCCUCGAGUUUGAAUAGGAAAGAAAACUGAGGCAUACCAAUAUUUAGAAGUUGAACAGAUUCUCAAUAAGGAGCCAGCAAAGACAGCCUAAGAAGCUGGUGAGGAAGAAUACAAACGAGGAAAGAAUCUAGAACUGGGCCAUGAAAAUGCAUGGCAGCUACUUGCCGCAUGUGGUAUUUAAAUUAAUUACAAUUUAAAAUUUAGUCUCUGGCUGGUUGCCUAUAGCUCAGUGAUUAGGGCAGUGGCCACAUGUUCCAGGGCUGGCAGGUUUGAACCCGUCCUGGGCCUGCUAAAAAAAAAAAAUAGCCUGGCGUUGUGGCAGGAGCCUAUAGUCCGAGCUACUAGGGAAGCUGAGGCAAGAGAAUCACUUGAGCCUAAGAGUUAGAGGUUGCUGUGAGCUAUGAUGCCAUGAUACUCUACCAUGGGUGACAAAGUAAGACACUGUCUCAAUAAAAAUUAAAAAGUAACAAAAAAAAAUUUAGUCUCAUUUAUAUUGGCCACAUUCCUAGGGCUCCUUUUUAGGCAGCUGGUAGCUACUGAUUUGAACAGCACAGACAUAGAACAUUUCCACCAUGGCUAAAAUUCCAGUGGACAAUGCCAGUCCAGAAGCCAACUGAGGGAAGUAUCUCAACAGGAAAUUCAAAAACUGCUAAUAAGUAAAUUGAGGACUGAGACUUGACUAUUGGAUUUGAUUAUGUAUUAGUGACCAUACCCUCUUGACAAGAGAGCAGUUUUGGCAUUGUGGAAAGCAAAAGUCCUGAUUCAGGACAAACUAGAGGAUUUGAAGUCGGAAGACAGAGAACUCUAUUUAAAGAUUUGCGAUUAGAACAGCUGCAGUUAAUUUACUGUAAAAUAUUUGCUGAAGCUAUUUCAAAGAUAAGCACAAAUCUCAUGACUAACAGUGGAAUUUUUAGUAAAUGGUACAUAAAAACCCCAUGGACCAAGGCCAGGCGCAGUGGCUCUCUCCUGUAAUCCCAGCCUUUGGGAGGCCAAGGCAGAUGGAUUGCCUGAGCUCAUGAGUUCAAGAUCAACCUGAUAAGCCGGGCAUUGUGGCGGGUGCCUAUAGUCCCAGCUACUUGGGAGGCUGAGGCAAGAGGAUCACUUGAACUCAAGAGUUUGAGGUUGGUGUGAGCCAAGACGCCACAGCACUCUAACAAGGGCGACCAAGUGAGACCCCAUCUCCAAAAAAAAAAAGAAAAACCCAUGGACCAGUGAUUCUCAACCCUAAGAGAAUCAUUUUGAAGAAUUUUUUGGGGGGUGGGGGGACAGAGUCUCACUAUGUUACCCUUGGUAGAGUGCUGUGCCAUCACAGCUCACAGCAACCUCAAACUCUUAAGCGACUCUCUUGCCUCGGCCUCCCAAGUAGCUAGGACUACAGGCACCUGCCACAACACCCAGCUAUUUUUUGUUUUUUUUUGUACUUGUCAUUGUUUGGCAGGCCCAGGCCAGGUUGUAACCCACCAGCCUUGGUGUAUGUGGCCGGCACCCUAACCACUAAGUUACGGGCACCAAGCCCAUUUUGAAGAAUUUUUAAAACUCGAUUGCCUGGGGCCCACUCCAGAGACUGAUAUAACUGGUUGGAAAGGGAUGCUGGCAUUGUUGUGUUGUUUUGUUAGCAUUGUUUGUGUGUGAGAAAUUUUGCUUUGUUCCUUGUACAGCCAAAGUUCAAGACCCACUCACGACCUUAGACCAAAAUAUAAAUCCUAAUACAUAAUGUUUCCCAACUAUAGUCCAAAAUGAUAAGCAACUUUGUAUGCUGGAGAAUUUAUAAAGUGAUGGCAUGUAUUUGAUGCACAGAUGAGUCAUGUGGUAUUGUGGUUAGCUUUUUUGACAGUGCUUUGGAGAUUGAAAUGUUAUAUCCAUAAAGUAAAUCAACACUAGAUAAUCUUGAAAAAGACUAAUACCACCUAUGGUGAACAAACAUACUGCUUUGAUUAUUUUAUGGGUGUUGUUACUCAUAGGAACACUUUAUCUGAUGACACUUUAUCUGAUGACACUUCUCUCCCCAAAAAGUAUUUGCGAAUUGCAAAAGUUUUGAAAUAAAAUUAAAUGAUAAACUUUAAGGCAGUGUUUUUCAACCUUUUUUUAAUCUCACAGCACCCUUGAACCUAUAGUUAAAACUUCCACAGCACACUUAAAUUAUGCUGACCCUCCCCCCUCCCCCCAAAAAAAAGAGUGAAAAAAAAAAAAAAGAACAUCCUGGCUUGGCGCCUGUAGCUCAGCAGCGAGAACACCAGCCACAUACAUUGGAGCUGGCAGGUUCAAAUCCAGCCCUGGCCUGCCAACCAACAAUGACAACAACAAAAACUAGCCAGGCUUUGUGGCAGGCGCCUGUGGUUCCUGCUACCUGGAGGGCUGAGACAAGAGAAAUCACUUAAGCCCAAGAGUUUGAGGUUGCUGUGAGCUGUGACCCCAUGGCAGGGGGCAACAUAGUGAGACUCUGUCUCAAAAAAAAAAGAA